AUGGAAGUCGACUUUGUAAGCGCACAGGGUCGGGAUGCACGUGGUCUUAUGUUCGACAAGGGGGGUGAUGCGUCAAGUGAUGUGGCUGAUGAAGAGUUGGAAAAACCGCUAGGAGAAUCGAUCAUACUGGAAGAAGUAAAGGAAUGCUUCAUUGGGAGGGAUGACGAAAAGGACUGCACGGGGAGGAAGUCCCCCAGGGAGGCAGACGCGAACGAAGCGGACUCUUCCCCAAGGGAGAUACCAAUAUGUGAGAAUGAGCAACUCGAGGUAAGCCCAAACGGCGCUAACAUAAAUGCAGUAAAAGAAAAAAUUGAAGACAGUGAGAAGACAGGGGAAGAGGCAGCGUGUAGAGGAAAGAGCGAAUUGUCACAGUUAGAUGGACCCGACGUAGAGACGGGUAACACCAUUGCAGCAGGAUGCACAAACCAGAGGAGACGCUUAACCCCAAAGAGACAAGGCGAAACAGAAAGAAUAAACCAACUGUACAAGAACCCCAGAAGCACGAACAUUAACUUAUAUAGACGUAUGUACCAGUCGUAUCUCCUUCUGCGAAAGGAGCAGAACGAAUUGUUAGCACAAAAUAGGAAAAAAGAGGAAAGAAAUAUGAAGCUGAAAUAUGAGUUAGAUAGCUUAAGGGGCAAUAGCUAUUAUUCCAACUUUUUUUUUAAUAACGACUCAGACAACCUUUUCGAGGAACUAGCUUCAGGCAUAAGUAACAUUUGGAAGUGGAUGGACUUGGAAAGUAAAAGUGUGCACGUGAUGAGUGGGCAGAAGGGUAAAGGUGGACCAACUGCCUUCGUCGGUCAGUCGGAGGGAGGAGUACCCCCCUGUAGAGAAGUGAAGGAAGGCAAGGCACCUCAUGGGGGGAUGUCACCCCAAGCGGUAGACAAAGCAAAACACGAUGGAAAAUCAACGUGCGAAUACGCUAGUGCACAGAAUGAUGUGCCAACGGAAGGCAGUGCGGAAGGUGGAACUUCCUGUGGGAAGGGUGUUUCCCCGAGUGAGGAACGCCCCGAUGAACACUCAGAAGGAUACGAACCGACGAGUGGUGCCCCCCCAAAUGGGGUACAACCCAAUGGGGAAAGGUCCCCAAUGGCGUGUGAACACAGAACAAACACAACCAGUGAAGUUCCAAUGGAAAGUCCAUCUCUUAUUAAUGAGAAGGAGGCGACCCAAACGAUGGAGGGAAGAAUCUCCCCUCAAGGGAGGGACACCCAACAAGCAACCACGAACAAUGGUGGCCAAAAAAAAAAAGUCAAUUUGGUAAAGGUGGGUCAUAAACAUCCCGAUAUGAAUAACGGAAAUAAGGUUAACCUGCCCCCAUCUCACAAGUCUCCUACGCAAGACGACAGAAUGGAGAAGAAGAACUCAUUCCUUUGGGAAAAGGAGAGUCGGCCAGUAAAACGGGGAUGUGUGAAGUACGGUCGGUUGCACAGUCGAUUUGCAGACCAGGAGAGGAGUUCUGCACGAGUGGACAGAAAACCAGGCUCAUUCACAUCCAUGGAAUUCCCCAAGGAUAACAUCGUUGAUUACAUAAAAGGGAGACUCUCCAAUGGAGGUAGGAUCCAUGGUAAGGCAACUCUACCAAGUGGCCAAAAAGUACCAAUGGGUGUCCAACCCAAUUGGAUAAAACAGAAUGAUCAUACGAACAGGAAGAUCAUGAAGGAGGAAGAGAAUUUUUUAUACCACAUUUGUAACUGCAGAGAAAAUAAAUACGUCCCCUUAAACGUUGGUUCCUUUUAUAUGGUCCCUCCGAAGAGGACUCUCCCAGAUGAGGACUUCAGUUUGGGUUCUUUGCAAAAGUGUAUGGACUUUAUUUUGCGCAGGAAGGAAAGGGGCAACCACAGGGAGGUGCGUGUCAAGCAUAAAAAAUGUAGUAACGCCCCAUGUGAGGGUAUUCCUCCGGAAAAUGCAACUCCAAACGUGCGCGCACUGAAUGAGCAGAAGGAAUCACCCCCCGUUGGAAAAAAUAACGGUGAAGAAGAAGAAAAAAAAACACGAAUUGUCAGCGAGGUAGUAUUAAAGAAAGGAGAUAGAACUGCAGGUUUAGACGUGACGGAAGAAAAGCAAGUUUUAAAAAAGGGGAAGAGUGGACGGAAGAACCUCCUAAAGGUGGACGGGAAUGGAAGAUCUAACAAAGGAGGGGCAGUCCAAAACUGCCAACUGAAGAGACAGAAGGGGAAAAAAUACAAUACACAAAAAAUGGACGCAUGUCCAGGCAGAAAAUUUGGCCAUAUAAUGAGCAGUGAGGGAUCAACGAGGAGAAGGAACCUCUUUGGUGGAUUCACUUUUAAAGUAAUUCCUAGGAGGGAGGAAAAAGGGGAGGAGGUACUCUCCCCUGUGGUGAAGGUAAAGAGAGCCAGGUUGGUUUCCCACACGAAGGGUCAUCCAGGCCAUGUGCGUUUCGGGCGAGUCGGCAGAAGGUUUUUCUCUCUCAGAGGGAGCAAACUGGCAAGUAGCGGUUUGGAAGAGGUCGGAAAGGGGGAAAAAAAUCAAAAUGGUGGAAAGAGCGAACCGAGCGAAUUACCACCAAAGGUGCAUGGUAACUCGGGUUUCGACGGGAAGGAAGACAAUCUGGUUGGACGGGACACCCUGGAGGGGCAUGCAGCACCACAUGAAUACCUCCAACGUGAAAACGACUCAGUAGCAAAGCGUGACCUUCUUAUAGACGCACUGGCAAAGCAUGUGCAGUCCCUCGAUCUUUCCACCAGACGGAUCGACUGCAUUGAGGAGGAAAAUAAAGACGCAGUGACCAUUAUAGGAAUACAAAUCAGAGUGACAGAUGGACACAUAUAUUUACACCUGGACGGGCUAAGUACCAUCGAAGAAAGUGUUACUGUGUGGAUAAAAAAAAACGAAAAAAUCCUGAACGGUUAUGUAAAAAGCAGCGAAAUAAUUCGGUCGACGUUGGAAUAUUACUGCGUCGAUAUGUUUACUUUUGUGUGCAUUUUUUUGGACGCCCUGGAAAACUAUGUGCAAGAGUUCCCUUUCUACCUGUCCCUUUCGUUGGAAGACAUCUUCUGUGUGCAUCGGGGAUCCUGA